UAUUUCAGACUGUCAUCUACAACAACAGUUCAAGAAGAGACUGAACUGAGGACAUUAAUGCUGUAUUUAUGGGAGUCGCCAUAUUGCUACCUAAAUCUAACCUAAAGCUGGCUUGGGCUGAAACCAGUCAUUGGCUGAAACACAUCCAUACAUUUUAAAAUACAUAUAAACGUUAUGUAAAUGAACGAAAAUAUAAUAAUUACCUAGUGUCGUAAUUUGUUUUUAUAACAAAAAAUGCAACCACAUAAGAGGCGAGACGUCCAUAUCACGUGAUGAGACUUCACGUUCUAUGUACACGUCACACGCAAGCUGUCUAGAAAAAAAAACUGUUAUGAAAGUUGUUACACAGUUAUAUCACCGAGACAAGAGCUCGACAGAAGCAUUUUAUUCACAUAACCGAGUCAUCUGCGUCAACUGUCGUCGAGGACAAUACAUAAAAGAACAUGUUUGGUUCAGUAGUGGUGGGCAUCGGGACGGCAGGGUUUGUGAGGAUCAGGGACAUGCUAGCCCCUCUGCCUUCCAGUGCAGCUGAGAAGCUCAGUGUCAAAGGAUUCAUUUCCAGGAGGAUCCUAGAGGAGCAGCAGGGAGUGAAACAGAUCACUAUCGAGGAUGCCCUGAGGAGAGAUGACAUAAAGGUGGCCUUCGUCUGCACUGAAAACGCUGCGCAUGAGGAAAACAUCAGGGCAUUUCUGGAAGCUGGGAAGCAUGUCUGUGUGGAAUAUCCUAUGGCCAUGACACACAAGACUGCCGUGGACCUCUGGGACCUGGCUCAGGAAAAAGGAGUGGUCCUGCAUGAGGAGCACAUAGAACUCUUGACAGCUGACUUUAAGCAGCUGAAGAAGGACAUAGCAGGGAAAAAGCUGGAGGAAGGAUCCCUUCACUUCACAGGAGGUCCUCUGAAGCCGGGCUUUGGGUUUCCAGCUUUCAGUGGCAUCGCCCGGCUUACCUGGCUGGUGGAUCUGUUUGGAGAGCUGUCUGUCACCGCUGCCAGCAUGGAGGAAGACCAGGAGAACAAGUACAUGAAGAUGACCACUCAACUCAUGACUAAAGAGCAGAAGCCUCUCAUGUGGAUUGAGGAAAGGGGUCCUGGCCUGCCCAGAGUGAAGAAUAUCAACUUCCGCUUUGACUCAUGCACCAUGACCCAGCUUCCCCCGGGUACCAGGGAGCCGGUGGGUCUCUUCAUGCAGGACCUGGUGCUCUUCAGUCAGAAGCUGCUGGGCCAGGUGCCCCGUGACCAGCUCCAUGCCGAGCGCCACAGGGUCCUCCACUGUCUGGAGCUGGCCGACCGCAUCCAGCAGCUGAGCCAGCAAGGCCAGGGAUCAGCCCAGAACGCCUAGAGACACAGUGGGAUCCCAGCCUACCGGGGGGCCCCAGCAAAAUUACAGUAACUUUUCCAAAAUUCCCAGGUUUUCCCAAACCUAAGCAACCCUAAGCCUACUGGUAGAUGUCCAAGCGCACAAGAUCCGGACAUAAAUAAGCCUUCUACAGUACAGCUACUGUAACCUGCUGUACUACUGACAGACGCACUCGCAACGUCUUUGAAAUGUUAAGGGAUUUUAUUCAUAAAUGAGGGAAAGGAGAUGUGCAAUGCCUUUCAGAAACACAUAGGUCUCUAAGGCAUGUCACCUUUAUUAUAUUAGGGUUAGGCUGUUACUCACAACCAACCUCAUAUGUACAACAUCUUCACAUUGAUGAAAGGUCUGUUAAUAGUUUGAUGUUUGCAUUGUGUUACUUAUUCAAGUUAAUCUACAUUACAUGUACUAUAACUUUCUGGUGGUUGAACACAGCUCAUGAUGCUUUAGCUGGUGGUGCUUUUAUGUUAAUUAUUUCUUAAAUGACAUUUAUUGACUUAUGUUGUUUAGCUACCGUGCACUCAGAAGUGGAAAGCAAAACAGUGUCAUACUGAUCCUUGCAUGUUCAAAUCAUUCACUCUCUACAAUAGGUGUUUGCCUGAUACCUCAGGUAAAUAUUGCACUGAUGAAUAUUUAGAUAGCUCUGGCAGGUGAAAGUGUGUCAUUUACACUGCAACUUCAAAGUUGUCAAAAUGUUGUUAGACUGCAAUUGGCACAUCUGUUUUAAAGUAUUAUUUGAUUAAUGUUCAUUCCUUGGAGAGGGAGUGUAUUAUCAUGUGUUGACAAAUUGACAGUGUUGCUUUAUUCUAUUUAUUCAACCAUAAAGCGCCGUUUUUAUUUACAAAGACGUGAAGGCACGGCUGAAACCACUGCCCUGGUGUUAGCACUAAAUAAAUCACUCUUGUGAUUGUUCUUGCAACGCACUUCCCUUCCCCUCUGUUUCAAAACUACUUCUACAUGGCUGAUGGUGAUGAAACUUAAAAGACAAAAUAUUCUUUGUGUAUGUGAACUUUGAACUGUACACUCCAAAAAGGUUGCAAUUCGAUGGUAGAACAAGUCCUCCUUUUCUUUGUCUCCCCAGUGACUAUCCCUCUGAAUGGGGCCACAACAGAAACCAGUAUUUCAAUGGUCUCCAAAUUAGUGUUGCAUUUAAUUCCGGGAUGCUGACAGACUAAAUUUGUGCCUUAUUGGCCUGCUCAGUUCCCUCCAUCGUUAACAUCCAUGUCAGUCCCAUCUAAUGAUGUCUAUGGUUCCAUCCCGUGUCACACAAGUACACACUACCCAGUGCGGUUUGGACACUUAACUGGGUGUCACUGUAGUGUUAUUAGCAAUUUAUAGGGAGAUAAAAUUUCUUCAUCAGUUGAAGAAGGAGAAUUGUACUGUUAUAUUGGAUUAUAAUGCCUGAAUGUUUACAUGUUGAGUGUAUUGUAACUGUAUAGUUUGCUAUAAGAUUCAUAAUUUGCUGGUAUCCAUAUUAAUAAAGUGUGCCUGAUUGAUCAUC